GUGUGUAGCUGUUCUGUGUAGUUUGAAAUGCCAGUGACUUAGCAACUGGAGGUUUUCUUGAGCCCAGUGAUAAGCCUUUGCCACUUUGGCAGUGUGGUGUGGCCCUUGGAGAGCUGCAUUGUGUGGGUUUGGUUAUGUAUAACCAGGGCUAACUAGGAGACUGGGUCUCCUGCCAGUAGACCUUUAUGGUUGUCUAGUGCACUUUCAGUGGAUAUUAGAAGCCAAGGCUGGGAGUUACAUUUCUCUAGAGCUGCACUGUCCAAUGCAGUAGCCACUAACCACAUUCCAAGUUCUCAGUAAUCACAUUUGGCUAGUGACUAACCAUAUUGAAUAGCACUGAUAGAAAACAUUUCUAUCAUCCAGAAAGUUUGUUUGAACAACACUAGCUCACAGAGAUUGAAGCUUUCAUUCAUUUAUGUAGCUGUUUUUGAUAUUGUCCAGUCAGCCCAAGAAUCUUCUGAGUAGAACUUGAUUACUUUUGCUCUGGGCCUGGCUGCCCUGAAGGCCAUGAAUUUUACAAGAUUUAAUUUUAAUGUGCUAAGGUUUUCUUUUCUAGAGCUGACCCCAGUAGUUUGUGAUGUAGCUUUUGUCUUCACGUGUCUAUCACUGCAUUGGUGUGGCUGGUCUAUCCAGGUAGAUCAAACGCCAGCCUGUCCUUAACCACCCACAUGCAUUUACUAUUCUUGUAUACCGAGACAGUUUCCCAGCCCUUAGGAAGAAAAGCACAGUAGCAGUCUUACAACUUAGAAGUUAUUUUGUUCUAAAGAAGUAGCCUGAUAGCCAGGGACCUGGUUGGCAGUCACUCUUGCACAUUCUCUUCCAGGCUGCUUCCAUGCCUUCCUGUCUUUUAGUUCAGUAUGUUAGGUCAUCUCUGGGUCCUUGUUCUCAAGACAUUUGGGAUGUCUCAAACUGCAGUACAGAUUGGAAUAAGUCCAGGUGAUUGGGAAGAGGCAGGCAGCAGUGAUGAGGCCAAGUUAAUCACUGAGAUGGAUAGAUAGUUAUGAGUAGAAAUGGGGCCAGAUGAAGGGAUGGGGAGUGACAAAACAUUAAUGCCAGAUGUUCAGUGCACUGGUAACGUCCUUACAAGUUUUAAAGGAGAGAGCUACUGGGAAAGAAGCUGUCAGUUGUCCUUUCUCGUCUCUGUUACUUAAAAACAAUUCUUGGAUUUCUUCCCAGUUGUAUUCUUUUAAUUCUCAGCAUGAAGACAUGAUAAACUUUAUUCAGAAAAACCCAAAACCUCAACUCAAGGGUUUUUGCACAGAUGACCUGUCUUCAUCUCAAGGUCCUUCACUCCCUUUUGAAUAUCACUGCCGCAUUAGUCAAUGAAGAUGUUCCACAUUCUGUCAAAUUGAGGCUUGCUGGUAUUAGCUGUCUAGGGACGGUAAUGAAUCUUUUCUGAAUGCAGAAAAGAAUCUCAUCUGUGUGGAGAGGUCAAGAACCUGACGGAGUUCAACACUGCCCACAACAAGCGGAUUUCCACUCUCACCAUUGAGGAGGGGAAUCUGGACAUUCAGAGACCAAAGAGGAAGAGGAAGAACUCACGGGUGACCUUUAGUGAGGAUGAUGAGAUCAUCAACCCAGAGGAUGUGGAUCCCUCAGUUGGUCGCUUCCGGAACAUGGUGCAGACUGCAGUGGUCCCAGUCAAGAAGAAGCGGGUGGAGGGCCCUGGCUCCCUGGGCCUGGAGGAAUCAGGGAACAGGCGCAUGCAGAACUUUGCAUUCAGUGGAGGACUCUAUGGGGGCCUGCCCCCCACGCACAGUGAAGCCGGCUCCCAGCCGCAUGGCAUCCACGGGACAGCACUCAUCGGUGGCUUGCCCAUGCCAUACCCGAACCUCGCUCCUGACGUGGACUUGACUCCCGUUGUGCCGUCAGCAGUGACCAUGAACCCUGCACCAAACCCUGCCGUCUAUAACCCUGAAGCUGUCAACGAACCCAAGAAGAAAAAAUAUGCAAAAGAGGCUUGGCCGGGCAAGAAGCCCACACCUUCCUUACUGAUUUGAUAUUUUUGGUAAUGGAGGAGGGUGGGAUUGGGUGGGAACAGGGUGGAAGGGUGAUGGGGGAGCUAAUGAAUUAGGGAGAAAAACUUUCCAUGUGUGCAGUAUCGUCUUUCAGAAUGUCUCCUGGGGUCCUAACCAUGUAAUAUUAAAACUGGGGGUGGGGUUGAAGUAUCCCAGAAAGACCUGUCUUCAGAACACUUUCAUUGAAGAGAAAUGUUUCAUACAUCCUUUUAAAUAGACUGCCCUGGCUCUUUUGCACUCUUUCCAUUAUCUCCUUUUUUCUUUUCUCCCUCUUUCUAGGAUCACUUUUUAAAAAAUUAUUUACCCCAGGGAGAGACUCCAGGCCCUCAGGUUGAAUGUAGAGCUGUGGAGGUGACAGUAGCAUUGCCAGCUUUGUGGGUUUAGCAGCCUGAUUUAUAUUUACUAUCCUGCAAGUCCCAGGUAGCAGAAGGGUUGCCACGGAUUCCAGGUUAACAAGAGGGUUUAGAAUGCUUCAGUUAAGCUAAGGUUUAAAACAACUCAGAAGUUUUCCUGGGUCGGUGGUUUUGAGGUCCAGUAGUUAGGCUUUUCUCUUUUGUCCUUUCUGUUAGAAUGAGAACAUUUGGAUUUUUCUUCAUCUGUGACCAGUGCCAUAGACACAGGUUGAUAGUUUUAAACUUACAGUAUUGUUUGAACUUUACCUGUUUUUCUUGUCAAACCUGAGUACUCUACUUGCUGAAGUUUCUCAUUUGAUUCCAGAGUACUGUCCUCUACUCUCUAAGGCAUUACUUUCCUUUUCAAGUGUGUUAUGAAGGCAAUAUAAAGGAUAUGACCAGUUAGAGCAAUUUCAAUUAAAAAGGAAAAGAUUUUACUUUGAAGUAACGGAUAUCUCGAAGAGGACAUCUUCAGAUGUUGAUUUGGAGGCUCUUUCCCCCCCUUGACUGAGAGCUCUCGUUGUCCAGAGCUCCAAGACUAGACCUGGUUAACAAACAUAGGAGACGAAGGUAGGACACAUUGAUGUGAGCUUUGUACAGAGAUUUGUACAUUUGUGUAAUAGGCCUUUUCACGCUUUAUGUGUAGCUUUUUACCUGUAACCUUUAUUACAUUGUAAAUUAAACGUAACUUUUGUCA